AGCCAGCAGCGAGUUAAGAAAAUGGCGAUCAUGCAGGACGAAUGCCUCCCCUCGUAGAUGCUGCAAAAGCGUUGAAAUUCUUUUAGCCUUACAGCCGGCUUUCCUUUCCACUCUGUUGCACUUUAUACUUCAAUGAGAGAUUCGGAAUUGAAAGCUGUUGCCACCAAAGAAGCUGAAGCAUCGUAACAGGGAACAUACCCAUAGAGGGAAGAACAGUGGAUGGAAGAGAGAGAGAGACGGAGAGUGUGACGAGGACGGAGGAUAAGAAGAUACAGGACUGGUCAAAAGUGCCAGAGCAUACCAAGUCAAGGCAGAGUCCUAAAUCUAUACCACAUCCCCCCCUUCCCCCUCCCCACACAUACACACACGAACACACACACAUACAGUCCUCAGCAAUGCCAAGGGGGCCUGAUCAGCCUGCUGCCCGCUCUGACAAGCCCUGCCUCUUCACCUCAGAUCCUUGAGGCUGUGCCCUCUGAGCUCUGACCUUUGACCUCCCCGUUGUCGACCUGGGAACCAGAGGUCACCUGUUCUCCACUCAACCCGGGGACGCCCUCCUGCCCAGCCAGGAGCCGCAGCCACAAGCCACACUCACAGGCAUGGCUCCCAUUCGGGAUUCCGUCAGCCACUCCCCUAAUCAAACAGGUCUGGAGCAUCCUGGCUUGGACUUGCAGUAUGAGCCUUCCCCCUGGUCCUCUGGCUCUCCCUGCAGCAGUGACAGCAACAGCAACUGGGGCAAAGUCCUAGUGGACGGAAGCACUGAAAAACCCAACAACCCUUCCUCAACUAACUCUUCCGUCUGGCCUCCCUCCUCUUCUUCAUUCUCUUGCUCCUCGUCUUCUUCCUCCUCUGGCUGCGGGUCAGGAUCAGACCCCGAGUUGGCAUCAGAAUGCAUGGACGCAGACUCUAGCUCCUCGAUCGGCUCAGAGAAAAACCUCGCAGCUGUGACAACAGUGAUGAUGAUGUCAGCAAAUGCUCCUUCCUCUGUGUCUUCUACGGCUUCUUCUCCCUCCUCCUCUAUGGUGACUUCUGCCAUGAUGGUCGGCGUUUCGGUGAACGGAGACAGCAACGGCAACAGUCGUCAGGUGAUCGGCGGAGGGAUGGGAACCAUCAGCGGUGCAAAUAAUGGAAAUAAUAACAUCACUGGGUCCUCCCACUACUCCGUGGCUGGGUCCAGCAGUAUUGGCAGCAAUAACAUGGGUAACCACAGCAACAAGCCCGUCAGUAACAGUGGUGUGUGGGGCAGCAACAUGAUCACCACCGGCGGAAGCACCCCCUGCAUCAACGGAGGGUUAAACCCAAACACUUUAAACCCAAAUGCCAACCACGGUGCCUGGCCGCAGAAUUCAACCCCAAGCCCAGUGUCCCAGGGCCAACGGCCUCCACAGGCUGCGGGGAUGAGUUCCAAACUGGGUAUAGCUCCCCAACAGGGCCCCAUGCUGGGCUGGGGUGGCAUGGCAGCUCCAAACAACAGCAGUAUGAUGGAAGACACUGAGGUAAAUAAUGGUACAGCAAGCAGCAAGGUGUUAGGAAGCAGCAACAGUGGAAAUGGUGGCCUACAGCCUACCAACCUUAACACUGAACCCAAUGGACCAAAUAACACUAUUAUGAUGAAUACUACUACUACUACUACUAACGCCACAAUGACCUCUAGUCCACCAAACUCUACCGCCUCACCCCAACUCAGCGGGGAUUGUUCCUGGGGCUCUAUUGGAGGAGGAAACGGGGGUCCGCUGGCCAAUGGAAACCCCUCAACAGCCCCUCAGCACCCACAAGGAGAGCUGGGGGGUCCUGGGGCCUUCGGUACGCCUUGGGGCGCAACUACCUACCCUGGAGAUAAGGGCCCCCCAAAUGCAGACACUGUGAACCCCCAAAACCCUGCCUUAAUGCAGGCUGGGAACCCCCAAAUCUCCUCUACUGCUGCUUUCAAGAGUAAUAAUAACCACAAUAACACUGGGGCCCCACGCUGGGACCAGGGGCCCGCCAAUAACCCAAACCAGCCUCAGAGCAACUUGUCCUGGGGUAUCGGCUCAAAUCAACUCCCAGGCUCUGCAGGCCAAACACCAGGAAACGGGAACCAAACUACGAUGGGUCCUCCAGCAGGGAUACCUCGCCCCUGGGGGAGCAGCGCGUCGUCUUCUUCCUCGUCCUCGUCAUCCUCUUCCACGUCCAACAAGAUGUCAAAUGGAGAAUGGGGAUCAACAGCUCCUGGUAACAACCACUCAGAUGCUGGAAGUCAUAAAGGAAGCUCUGCCAACAAUGGCUGGAAGAGCCUGGAGGAUGACGCCAUGGGUAUGGGAGGCGGAGGGGGAGGAGGAGGAAGCCAUGGCUUGGGGAGCGUCACUGGAGGCUGGGGUCGCUCUGGAGGAAGUGAGGGAAGUGGAGAGAGCUCUGGAGGCCGAUCCAGCUCAGACAGAGACGGCCAGUCAAAAGGGGGAAAUCGCAGAAAAGUUACACACCCUGUACCCUUAGCUUUGUGCCGGACUGAUGUGGACCCAAGAGUUCUGUCCAACACUGGAUGGGGACAGACGCCCAUACGGCAGAAUACCUCCUGGGAUGUCAAUUCUCCUGCUAGCAAGCACCAAGCUCCCAGAGGAGACGAGAGAAAGCAGAGCUGCGGAGGCUCCGGAUGGGGAACAACACCGGCAGCUCCCUCCCAGACCUCUGGAGGUUGGGGGGGUGGGCCAGGCGGCUCAGGCCCAGGCACAGGAAGCUCCGGCUGGGGAGAGCGGCCAGCCUCUGGGUGGGACAGCAAAGUCCCAGCCAGUGGUGGAGGUGGGCAGAGUGGCUGGGACGAUGGAUCCAGCUACAAGGGGAGCAACAACAGCAGUAACACCUGGAGCAAUAAUAUCAAUAAAGAUGACAGGUCCAAUACAUGGACUAAUGUACCCAAACAGCAAGGCUGGGGUUCCAAUAGCGGAAAUGGAAGUGAAGGAUGGGGUACUGGAGAUGGUGUCAGAGCAGGGAGCAGCAACCACUGGGGGGAGCCCCAAAAAGGCGCCAGCUCAGUGGGCUGGGACAGCGACAGUGACCGCUCAGGCUCUGGAUGUUGGAGCGAGCCAAGCCGAACCAACACCAGCAGCAGCAACACCUGGGUCGGGAGCGGAGGAUCAAAUACUCCAGACCAGAGCACUCCAAACCCAGGCUCCAACUGGGGCGACUCAGUUCAAAAACCCAACGCCCAAGGCUGGGGUGAGCCAAUGAAGAACAACCAGAACUGGGGAGAGCCGAAUCCCAAGCCCUCCAAUGAGUGGGGAAAAGGUCCUGAAUCCAACAUGUCCAGAGGCAAUCAAGCCCAAAACAAGCCCACAGGCUGGCUGGGAGGACCCAUGCCCACAGUAGGUCCCAAGGAGGAAGUGGCAACCGGGUGGGAAGAACCUUCUCCAGAGUCCAUUCGUCGAAGGAUGGAGAUCGAUGAUGGGACAGGAGCCUGGGGAGACCCCGGUAAAUACAGCGGCGGAUCUGUCAACAUGUGGAACAGGACUGGCCAAUCUGACCAGGAGGCCCCCACUCAGCACCAGUCCCACCCAGCACGCGGCUCCAUGCAUCCUCCUCAGCCCAUGCAGCCUCUUGCACAGGACAAAAGCUGCAGUUCCGGUUGGGGUGAGCCUUACCCCCAGAAGAAGGAGUCCUCAACAUGGGAGCCUCCCGCUCCUCCACCUGUGAAAGUGGACAACGGGACAUCUGCCUGGGGGAAGCCCAUGGACACCAGCUCAGGCUGGGAUGAACCCAGCAGGGAUAACAGAGAGUCUGGGUCUGGAUGGGGCAGUCAUAAGUCUGCUCCAGGUCCCAAGCCCAUGGAGACAUGGGGUGGUGAGGAGGCGUCCAUGGGCAAUAGCUGGGACCAGGAAGAGGAGGUGGAGAUCGGCAUGUGGAGCAACAGCCAACAGGACAACAGAUCCCACGACCAAAACACCUGGAACUCCAAGCAUAAAGGCUCCAACAAGAUGAACAAACCAGUCAACAAACAGGAUGAACCGUGGAUGAAACCCUUCAUCAACCAGUUCAACAGCAUGAACUUCUCUAGAGACUCUCCUGACGACUCCAUGAAGACAGGAGCAGGGAUGGUGCAGGACAAGCGAAUGGACAUGGGCAGCAUGGGAGACUUCAACGGAGUGAUGGGAAAGAACCCUGGGUCUCGACACCAGCUCCACAAGGAGUCUGCCAUGGACCGCAGCCCUUACUAUGACAAGAAUGUAAACCCUAUGAUGGGUGGCAGCAGCGUAGCACAGGGCCGAGGCGGCCCCCAGUCCCAGGUCCCUCCCCAACCCAACCUCCGUAACCAAGUGCCUCCACCCAUCCUGCCCUCUCAGGUCCCUCCAUCCCUGUUGAAGUACCCUGGAGGUAACGGAGGUCUGAACCCUCUGUUCGGCCCUCAGCAGGUGGCUGUGCUCAACCAACUCUCCCAGCUCAACCAGCUGUCACAGCUCAACCAGAUCAACCAGUUACAGCGUCUUCUCCUCCAGCAGCAGCAGCAACAGCAGAAAGCUCAGAGCCAGAGAGCCAUGCCUGUGGGACGACCGACUGAACAGACACGUCCCAUUGGUUCGUCUCCAUCAAUGAUGCAGCCGCCGCGGCACCUGGACCCCUCCCUGCUGAAACAGGCCCCGCCCCACAAACCGUACCUGGAUAACUACUUGUCCCACAACAACCCAGAGAUGCAGAAGGAUGCUGCUGCUCUCAGUUCCUUCAGCAACUUCCCUUUAAGCUUGAACUCUAACCUGAAUGUACCCCUGGACAUGGGUGUCGGUGGUGGUAGUGGUGGUGGCGGAGCUGUGAGCUACAAAGAGCCGCCCCAGUCCAGACUGAAGAAACUUUGGGCUACUGACCCUCUGGAGCAGAACAGCAAACCUGGUGCUAUGUCGUCUGGGCUGCGUCUGGAGGACUCUCCCUUCUAUGACUUCCUGUCUCCUGGCCCAUCUCCCCUGAGUCCUCCCGGCCAAUCAAUGGGCUCGGUGGGUGAUAGCUGGCCGCCCCGUGCCAAUUCCCCCCCGCCCCAUGGAAACACUGUCACUUGGCCCCCAGAGUUCCGGCCCGGGGAGCCUUGGAAAGGUUACCCCAACAUUGACCCUGAGACUGACCCUUAUGUGACCCCCGGCAGUGUCAUCAACAACCUCUCCAUCAACACCGUCCGCGACACAGACCACCUCAGGGACAGGAACAACGGGCCAUCCUCAUCACUGAACACCACGAUGCCUUCUAACAGUGCCUGGUCAUCCAUUCGUGCCUCCAGCCACAGCGGUUCCCUCACCAGUACAGCACAAAGCACUUCAGCCAGACCCAGUGAGUCAAAAUGGUCUCCCGGCGGCGGUUCUGUGUCCAACUCCUCCCUGGCCCACGAGCUGUGGAAGGUCCCCCUGCCUCCCAAGGCGCUGUCUGUGGCGGCCCCCUCCAGACCACCACCCGGCCUCACCAGCCAGAAGCCCAGCUCUGCCUCCUCCGGCUGGGACGGCUCUGCCCUGAGGCUGGGCGGUUGGGGCUCCACUGAGUCCAGAUACACACCUGGUUCCAGUUGGGGUGACAGCAGCAGCUCAGGGAGAACCCAAUGGCUUGUUCUGAAAAAUCUCACACCUCAGAUUGACGGCUCUACUCUGAGGACCUUGUGCAUGCAGCACGGCCCUCUGAUCACAUUCCACCUCAACCUGCCGCACGGUAACGCUGUGGUAUGCUACAGCUCCAAGGAUGAGGCCGCAAAGGCCCAGAAGAGCCUGCACAUGUGUGUUUUGGGGAACACUACUAUUCUGGCUGAGUUUGCCAGCGAGGAGGAAAUCAACCGUUUCUUUGCACAAGGGCAGUCAUUGGCCACUCCCUCCUCCGGCUGGCAGGCCAUUGGCUCCUCUCAGAGCAGAAUGGAUCAGUCUCACCCCUUUCCCAGCCGCGCUCCUGAGCCCAGCCAGUGGAACAGCGGCGAUCUCCACAGCUCCUCCCUCUGGGGCGGGCCCAACUAUUCCAGUAGCCUGUGGGGGAGCCCCAGUGGCACCGAGGCGGGGAGGAUCAGCAGCCCUUCUCCAAUCAGCUCCUUCCUCCCGGUGGAUCACCUGACAGGCGGUGGGGACUCCAUGUGAACCGCCCGCCAAUCAAACAGGCUGGAGGAAGGGUCAGUAGAGAAUUAUCAAUAAUCAGCAGAAGAAAAUGAAAAAAAAAGUAGUUAUAAACGCAAUGGCACUAGUUGGACUCUUUCUCACUUACAAGAUAUACAACAAAACGGGGUCUCCCCUGUGGAAAACAAGUUACGUUUCUCUCUCUGCACAUAUGUCCACUUUGUUUUAGCCCAAAAACAUAUCAGUCGGAAUACUUGAAUCAUGCAGGCCAAUUCUAUAAUGUGAACGGAUGGAUAUUUGCUUCCAGGUAGUGCUCUUUCAGACCGAAAAAAGCUUCAAUCGAGCUCAUUAUUAUUAUAUCUAUAUUUGG